CAAGAGCGGCGUUGGCGACAGAUCGCCAAGCGACCAAUAGUCAGCUCUCGUUCAUCGGUGCGGUCACAACAAUUCUAACGGGAUCUCUAUCUCUGGAGGUUCUCCAGGAACAACCAAACCAAUCUAGUCAUAGACUUAAGGCAUAGUUUAAGUAGAAUCGAAAAUCGACAAAAUGUCCAUGACAUCGCUGGGUAUCAGUACCGGUUUUAUGAUCGGCUACUGUGUGCUUGCCCAAGUCGCACGCCGGCUCGCCAAACGUUUUGUCGAUCGCGAAGGCAUUGUGCCGGUGCUCGUUAACGAGGCGAUCGCUGCAGCUGAAUUGUGUGCUUGUUGCUUCGAACUAAUAAUCGUGGCUGACAACUUCGGCGUUGCUGCAUACGCAAUCUUUCUGUUUAUGCUAACCGUCUGGUGGGGCAAGGUCUGGGGUGACGCUUCCGCCUGUCCAUACACACAUAUGGAAGACUUGGUGGAAGGCAAGACAUCCUUUAAGGAGGUUGCAUUGCGUACAUGGGCCGAACUGAUGGGUGGUUGCUGCGUCUAUCGUAUUGUGCAGGUUUUUUGGUGGUUCGAAUUUGCCGAAACACAUAAGGGACGCGCUUUUGAGGAAUGCAAUGCGGAUUUACAAGUACAUCCCUAUCUCGGAGCCGCUAUCGAAGGUUUCGCCACACUACUUUGCCGUCUCGCCUCGAGGGCGCUCAGCGAGAAAGACCCGAAAUUCUGCAGCAUCAUUGACUCGUUCAUCGGCACCAGUUUAGUGGUUGCAGCAUUCAACUACUCAGGCGGCUACUUCAACCCGGUGCUGGCUACCGCACUCAAAUGGGGUUGUCGCGGACACACCAAUAUCGAGCAUAUCAUAGUCUACUGGAUUGGUGCAUGCGUUGGCGCGCUAUUAUCGGUGCCGGUAUAUAGGCUGCCAGUGGUGAGGCGAUUCUUGGUGGGCGAACGAAAGGAAAAGGAGCAAUAAGGCGGUUAAAGGAGAAGAAGGAGUAAAACGAUCAGAGGAGAAUGUGGAGUAAAGUAAUCGGUGGAGUAAGGCAGCCGGAGGAGUAAGGUAAUCGGUGGAGUAAGGCAGUCGGAACAUAAAGAGACACUGCGCGAAUGUACCGUUAGGAGAAAAGAUGCACAUUUCUUGUUAUUGUUAUUGUGUUGAAUAAUUUUAUAAAAUUUUACCUUACAAAUAUAUAUUUGUAAAUACGUUUAAUAAGUACAAGCGUAUACGAAGUCAGUGAAAAACAAAUACAAUUCAGUUUUUGUAACUAUA